CAGGGAGUCGUCUCGUCACCAGACAGUAUAAACAUGGGCAUUUGGGCAACAUCGCUGUACUGUGAUUGCCACCGCUCAUUAACCAUUGUUUGGCAACGAAUUUGGAUUUGACAAUUUAUUUGGAAAUUGAAGAAUCCAAGAAGGGAAGUGAUCAGUUAUCACACGAGUGCGGUUUUCAGCUCUGACUGAAUCGGUGCAAAUAAGGGUAAUCUAGCUUUAAGUGAUUAGUUAUGAACUUAUCAGUACAGACUACAGAGCCUCGGGCUUUGCUGCAGUUCAAUGCUUUAUGUCUUAUUGGGAAAUUUAUGUAGUAAGAGUAAAGAGACAGCUAAUCCCAGGGUAAUCUAGCACAAGGGACCAUUGUGAUUGUGCAAUGGAGGUGUUUGCUAAAAAGUCGUGUCCAUUUUCGCAGUUGGCACAACUCGGAAUUCCUCACCGAACUCCGCCAAACAAGACAAAGUGACAAACUAAAGGUAGAGAACGUGGUUGCAGAGAAGUGCUUUCGUAGUUGAUGCUCCCGGCUGCUGGUGUGGGAGCUACAGUUGCUUCAUCUUCCCAGCUUCAAUGAUGAUAACAAGGGUAUUUAUCACACUACUGCCUUAUUCAGGUGCCACCAAAAAUAAUGCUUUCGUUUAUCAAAUUCAAAUGGGUGGUACUACUACUACUACUACUAGCGUUCUUUUUCUUCCAUCUUUUCGUUACAAAACUAUGAGAAAUUCAGCUCGUGAUCUUUCGAAUCGUACUCAGCAAGAAAAUUUAAUGAUUAGUCGGUGUAAAUCGGGUUUACUUAUUCUUGAUGACGCACUAGGUUUCUUUGAUAGCAUGACUAAGACGAAACCCAUUCCUUCAAUUUCUGUUUUCAAUCACAUACUGGGGGCUAUCGCCAACAUGAAACAGUAUCCUUACGUUCUCUCUCUGUAUAAGCAAUUACACUCUUUUGAAAUCCGACCGGACGUAUGUACACUCAACAUCUUAAUGAACAGUGUCUGUCACUUGUCCCAGGUCGAGUUGGGUUUUUCUGUCUUGGGGAACAUCAUUAAACGUGGUUAUGAGCCAAAUGCUGUAACUUUCAGUACACUCAUUAGGGGGCUCUGUAUAGAAGAUAGAGUUGCACAAUCGAUGGAAUUGUUAAGCAAAAUAUUGGAGAAUGGUUACCCAUGCAAUGAAGUCAUCUAUGGAACAAUGAUUAAUGGACUUUGCAAAACAGGAAAUACUGGUAUGGCUCUUUGGUUGCUCAGGGAGAUGGAGAGGAAGGGGAAUUUGAAGCCUAAUAUAAUAGUGUAUAACACGAUUAUUGAUGGUCUUUGCAAAGACAGACUAAUAGAUGAGGCUCUUGAACUUUUCUCGGAAAUGAUUUCCAAGGGUCUAUUUCCGAAUGUCAUCACUUGCAACUCUUUACUUCAUGGUUUGUGCAAUUUAAACUGGAGGAAAGAAGCCACAUACAUUUUACAAAACAUGGUUGAUUGUGGAAUCUCACCAGAUACAAUAACCUUUAACAUUCUGAUUGAUGUUCUUUGCAAGGAAGGGAAAACCUCUGAAGCACAAUCCCUGCUAGAAGUAAUGUUACAACGCAGUGUGAGGCCUAAUAUCAUCACUUAUACUUCUUUAAUUCAUGGUUUAUGCAGUUCAGGUGAAUGGAAAGAUGCCAUGAGGUUAUUCAAUGAAAUGGUUGGACGUGGAAUCUUGCCGAAUGUUGUCACAUUUAACACGGUGGUAGAUGCUCUCUGCAAAGAAGGGAAGGCUAGGGAAGCACAUCAGCUGUUAGACAUAAUGAUUCAAAGAGGUGAGAAGCCAAAUACUACCACGUGCAAUUCAUUGAUGGAUGGGUACUGUUUGAAAGGAAAAAUGGAUGAGGCAACAACAGUCUUUGAUUCCAUGUUGAGUAUGGGCUGUGAGCCAAGUGUUGUUACCUAUAGCAUUCUGAUCAAUGGGUAUUGCAAGAAUCGAAGGAUAAAUGAUGCAAUGAAGGUCUUUAGAGAAAUGACUCUCAGGGGAGUGCUGCCUGACAUUGCUACUUAUAACAGUCUUAUAGGCGGGUUGUGCCAAGUUGGCCAAGUUGGUUCUGCACAAGAACUCUUCAGUAACAUGCAUUCUUAUGGCCACAGCCCCGGUCUACAUACAUACUCUAUAUUGAUGAAUGGGUUGUGCAAUAACAAUUGUCUUGAUGAGGCAGUGAAUUUGUUUCAGGAGAUGGAAACUAAAGGAGUUUUUCCUGAUAUUGUAAUCUUCACCAUCCUUAUUGACGGAAUGUGUAGAGCUGGUAAAAUUGAGGAUGCAAGAGGAUUAUUGAAUUCCAUCUCUGCUAGAGGAUUAGAGCCUGAUGUUAAAACAUAUGGUGCAAUGAUAGGUGGUCUUUGUAAAGAAGGUUUGUUGGAGGAGGCUGAGGAUAUGCUAAUGAAAAUGGAAGAAAAGGGUUGUUUACCAGAUGAUCUUAUUUUCAACACUAUGGUUCGAGAAUUUCUCCAAUGGAAUGAAAUUAAAAAGGCAAUGCAGCUUCUUCAUGAUAUGGUUAAAAGAGGUUUUUCACCUGAUGCAUCUACCACAACUAUGAUAGUGAAUUUGAUUGCCAGUGAUGGGCCAAAUAGUAAAUAUCUUGAAAUGUUCCAUAAAUUUUUUCCAAAAUGAUAUAUAUAAGCUGGUGAUACGGCUCAGAGCCAAGUUGAUAAUCACUGACUCUAAGUUUGUUUCUUGUCUUCUCAAGUCACCUAAAGGACAUUUGCCACUGGGUGGGGUGGGAGUGGUGGGAUUCUAGGGAAGGGUGCUUCUGUAUGACUAUCUCUUUCAGAUAUGGUCUUUUUUGUCUCUUGAGUUCACCUCAUUUCAGUGACAAAACAGUAGCAGCUGGCUGAAAAUUAGAGUUUGAAGCAUGCCUUUUCCUUCUCUUGGUUGAGACUGUUAAGAGAGGUACAAGAUGUUUUAUGUUUGGUUUCUGUGAGAAAAGGUUUUGAGAUUAGUAAUGGGUUGUAUAAGCACAGGUCUUUAGCCUUAGAGACUCUUCAACUUACAAUAUUGAGGAGUUUUCAACUUGCAGCAAACCCUACUCAUUUCUCAUCAUUGCUUUGAUGAAAAUCUCACCCAUUGAUUUCCAACUUCUUGGAUGAGUUUAGGUUCUACUUGUAUUGGAUCCAUUGGGAUAUGUACAUAAUACCUGUGACCAUGUUAUAGACUCACUUGAUUUCUACUAGGAGCAGCAAUUGGAAUU